UGCCAGUGCGCGGCAGCAAGACGCUGGGGCCUGCUCCCCGCAGCCUUUGGAGCAGAUUGUGGACCUUGCGAGCCCUAUGUCGCUGGCCCCCCAGGACCCAGAAGAUGCCAGAUGGGGCUCCGGCCAACCCCAAAGGGUACAGGAAGAAGGGGCUGGUUAGACACCCCCCUGGGAGGAGGGGCCCAAGGCUCAGGACCUCUUCAAGAACCUCCAGAUCUCGCCUGGGGAUGAAGAGUUUCAUCAUCAUCACCGUCCUGGCCGGCAGCGUCCUGCCUGCGGCGCACAGCAGCCUGCUCAACCUCAAGUCCAUGGUGGAAACGGUCACUGGGAGGAACGCCAUCUUGUCCUUCGUGGGUUACGGCUGCUACUGCGGGCUGGGGGGCCGCGGCCUGCCCAUGGAUGAGGUGGACUGGUGCUGCCAUGCCCACGACUGCUGCUACCAGAAGCUCUUUGACCUGGGCUGCCACACCUACGUGGACCACUAUGACUACACCAUCGAGAACAACACUAACAUUGUCUGCAGCGAGCUCAACCAGACGGAGUGUGACAAGCAGACGUGUGAGUGUGACAGGAGCGUGGCUCUGUGCUUCCGGAAGCAGAUAUACAGGGAGGAGCACCGCAACUAUCUCAACAUCUACUGUCAGGGCCCCACGCCCAGCUGCAGCGUCUACGAGCCGCCCCCCGCGCCUCCCUAGGUCCCCCGGGGGCUGGCGGGGGGCCGGGAGGGGGCUCUGGCUCUAGGGGCCAGGUGGAUGGAGCAGGCAGACGUGGGGGUGGAUCGGGAGCCCCCGGCUGCGUCUGGCCGCCUCAUGCCAGGAGCCCUCCAGCGAGACUGGCCCCAGAAGAAUAGGAAAGGUCUGGGUCCUGGCCCUGGCCACCAGGCUCCUCCAGCCCAGCCCUGGGUGUGGCUUCGUCCUGGACGUGGCAGGGGGCACAUGCCUUGUUGGGGUCUCUCCCAAGCGUGGAAGAGAUUGGGGGCCUCCGAGAGGGGCCUCUCGCUGACUGAGCCAGGCAUGAAAGGGUGGAUCCCAGGGUCUUCAAGACCUAGGCCUGCGGCAGCCAGCACAGGCCCAGAGCUCGCUGUGUCCUAGGAGCAGGCUCCCAGGCAGACAGAGUGCUGGUCACAGGUCUGGGUUCUGGGGGCCCCUUGGCUGCUCCCGCAGGACUAGUCAGGGUGAUCCAUGCUUUGGGGGCCUCCAGAGCCCCGUUAGAGAGCAUCCUGGCCUCCAUCGAGUUGGCACACGUUUCCCGACCCAGAUCGAAAUGGUCAGAGGGCUUGUGUCCCAGCCCCAAAAUCCAGCCUCAGUGACCCAAAGAGCCUCCGAGCAGAUUCCUGGGCCCUGACAGAACCCACAUGCACCCCGCCCCGCCCCAGCUCCACAGGGACCCAGAUGGGGGCACACACAAAUGUGCUCCCCUGGGCAUGCCAUCCUGCCUCUCCCGCCGACCCGCUCAGGUCAGAGGAGCAGCCUGGCCACAGCCCCGCAGCCCUGACCAGCUCUGAGGAGGCCCCGACCCCAGCGCCCCAGGUCCCUGACAACACACAGGCCAGGGGGUCCCGGCCCAGACGGCCAGGUGUCCCCCACGCCUGCCCCCACGCAGGAGCCAGGCUGGGGGUGGAAUGCACCAGAAGCCUCUCUCCCUGGACAAGGAGGGACAAGGCCACAGCCUCAACUCCGAAUCCCCCUGGUGCAGAGGGCGCGGAGAGCCAGAACCCAGCUCAGGGAAGAGGACACGGAGGCAGGAGGGACCAGGGCCAGGCAGAAGGCCGUGGGGAAGAUUCAAGAAGGGGUAGACAGGGAGCAGGAUGAGGACAGGGAAGGGAGGGGGGAGCGGGGAGACACGGCGGGGACCAGACUCCAGACCAGAGCGGUCUUGGCAGGAGAAGAGGGUGGAGGAGCCUUGGGGAUGGGAGACCCCCUCGGGCCCAGGUUCCCGCUGGGGCCCAGGAGACCGCGGGCCGGGGGGAGGAGGGUCAAGCCUGGCAGGCCGCCCCCUGACGCUGCUCCAGCCCUCCUGUCUCCCUAGGUAUGCCUUCCUUGCCUGCCCUGCUGACCUCAGGUGUCAGCGGCCUCCGGGCGCCCAGGGUGCCCCACCACAUCCCGCCUCCUGUCUUUGUCUGGCGUCAACCCCGAGGGGCCCAAUGGUGCAGCGCUGUGACCCCAGGGAUUCUCAGAACAUCCACCAGGAAUCUCGGCCCUCCCCAGGGCGCCCCGAGGACUUACAGUCCCCAGGGGAGGGCUGUGGGAGUGGCGAGAAUGUCUACAAAAAACGACAGGACUGGACAGAGCCCCAAUGAGCCGCAGCUUCUAGGACAUCUGCCCCGGGGGCUGGGGUCAGCACUCACUUAGUGUGGGACCACCGCUCACCCCCUGCUGUCCUGCUGGCCACACAGGGUGACGGCUGUGGUCCCGCGCCUGCCCUGACCCCACCUGCGCAGUCGCCAAGGUCCUCCCAGGAGCCCACCUUCUCCUCCUCGUUCUGGGCUGACCCCCGACUUCUCUGAGCUGAAUCUCUGCCCCUGCCACCCCCCCCCCAACACCAGGCAGGGAUGGAGUCAGGAUGGGGAGCACCCCCCAGAGGUGGGGACCGCAGAGGCCUGGGCCCCUUGCCCAUGGGAGCCCUGACUGUGCCCCUCCACACACAAACACACCCUCACCCUCCUGAAAGUCCAGGUGUUGGGAGGCGAUUCUGCUGCUAAGGGGUUCUGCCUGCCCCCCAACCUCACCCCAGGCUCUCCCAGGUGCUGCGAUCCCGAGACUGUUCACAGGACUCGACAUCCCCUCCUCAAACUAAUAAAGGCCUCCUUCCUCAACUCCUUGCUGCUGGAUCCUCCCUGGCAGGGCACCCACUGGCCAGGCAUCGGGGGAAAGCACAGCGGCUCCCUGCCAGGUCUCCAGCUCUGGGGAAAAUGGGCUCCCUGGUGCCCAGCGGUGGGCAUGUCCUGCCCCCUUCCUGCCCCUGGCCUGACAGAAGCAGCCACCCUCCAGCACAGGCGCAAGUGUCGGGAGGGUUGGAAAGUAGAGCUGUGGUCCAGUGAUCAGACAGCGCGAGCAGCCAGUGGGCUGAGAGCUUGCCCGGCGUCCACUCCAUGAUGCUCUCCGUCCAUCCCAUCUUUUUUUCUGUUGGAGAACCGAUGCCCAGAGAGGGCGGGUAACUUGCCCAAAGUCACCCAGGCCGUUAGUGAUGGUGCUGGGUUCUGAAUCCUCAGCCUCUGACUUUUCACGUCACCUCCUUGCCCCUUCUUAACAAGGACUCGGGCCGCUGGGGCCAGUGGGACAAGUGACUUAAAGUCCAGCAGGGUGCCAGCUCCAGGGUCCUGGCUUGACCCCUUACCUGUGAGGGGCAUCAGUUUCCCCAAGUGCUGAGAGACCAGAGCAGCUGUUUCAGAGGCUCCCCAAAGCUGCGGAUUUUCCUGGGACACCCAGGGGUGACCUCUGGGGAAGGGGAGGCUGAGCAGGCAGGAGCUGGAGGCCUCCUACUCAUCCUUCCAUGAGCAGCCCUGCUUUUCCUGCGGUACCUACUGCCCCUUCACAGGAGCUACUGCAAGGAGAAAAGGGACUCUUUGGCCAAAAGGUUGAAAAGCCUUGGACGUGGUCAUCCACUGAUUGGUUCAUUCAUUCAAUGAACCUGUCCUGGGGGUCUCCUAUGGACCAGACUGGGCUUCACAGCAGACACCGCUGAUCAGACACAGCUCUUUCCCACAGGAAGCCCACAGCCUGGGGCGGGAGGCAGACACGUGGACCGACAGCCUUGACGUAUGGGGCCAGGUGGGGUCAGGAUGGAGCCCGAGCAGGUCUGUGUCAGUCCCGGAAGUGGCCCCCGAGUGGGUGGGGUGGAGCUGCAACGGUGUAUUAGAUGUCUCUGGAGGUGGCGAGGGAGAACGGGGCCAUGGUUUUUGAGGAAUGACUGUGCUUAACCCAGUCUGGGUGGUCUUUCUCUCCUCAAGUUAGUGAGGUCUUUUAUGCUCAGGCUUGAGGAGGGCACUGGACCUCCUUCCGCUGGUCUGAGGACGGCCACCGACGAAGAUGCUCUCCUUGACCACAGUUUGGGCAGGCUCUUGUGAGUUCUUUUCCCAACUAGGCCUCCACAUGUGGGUUUCCAUCGCCCCAUUUUAGUAAGAAUCCUGCUACAUCAGUUCAUUGAGCACCUCCACCCACCCUCAGUAUCUGAUCAGAUUUCUGCUCCUCCACCCCUCCCCCCACCAGUGAUAUCAGAUCACCCCCACCCUCCUCCUCCAAGAAUCCUGUUUGGUCAGUUCAGCAGGAAUUCCCUACCCUCUCAGCAAUUUUCCAUCCCCACCUCCAACUCCUGCUAUAAAUCCCCACUUAAGAAAACUCAGGAUUUCAGGGUGCUGAAGAGCAGAAACCGACACAACGCUGUAAACCAUCUAUACUCCAGUGAAAAAACAGAAAACCGAGGACCUGAAAACGUAUUUGGAAUUGAGCCCAAAUCUAUACUGGCCUCUGUUGCAAGAGUUUUUGAAUAAAAAUCUGUUUUGGC